CAGCAUCCGAGCUCCAACUCCGUUACUCCGGAACCCAAAAUCGGCAGACGUUCUCUCCUUUCCCCCCCACCUCCGUAGAUUCCCUUCCUUGGAGCACGCAAGAACCCCCACCCCGCGCGGCCGCGGCCAUGUCCAUCCCGCGGCUCCUCGUCGCCGUCCUCUUCGCCACGCUGGCGGCGGCGGCGUCCACUCCAGCCCACGCGGCCGGCGCCGGGUCCUGCGCGGCGGAGAAGUUCUCGGACAACCGCGUGUUCGCGGCGUGCGCGGACCUGACCCGCCUGGGCGCGUCGCUGCACUGGUCCUACGACGCCACGACCUCCUCCCUCUCCGUGGCGUUCCUAGCCUCCCCACCCUCCGGCGGGUGGGUCGCCUGGGGGCUCAACCCCAAGGCGCAGACCAUGGACGGCACGCAGGCGCUGGUGGCCGUCCCCAAGGCCAACGGCGGCGGGUACGAGGUGCAGACCUACAGCAUCUCCGGCACCACGCUCGACAACCCGGGCCCGCUCCCCAACUACCAGACGUCCAACCUCGCCGCCGAGGUCGCCGGCGACGGCCGCGUCACGAUUUUCGGAACACUCAAGCUCCAGAACGGCACGGGCGCCGAGGUCAACCAGGUCUGGCAGGUCGGGCCGUACUCCAGCGGGGCUCCCCAGAUACACGAGAUGCAAAGCGACAACAUGAACUCCAAGGGGUCGCUCAACCUCCUCACCGGGGCCACCGCCGCCGCCUCCGGAGGCAGCAUCCUCCGGCAGAAGAAUACUCAUGGAAUCCUGAAUGCUGUGAGCUGGGGUCUUCUGUUGCCGAUGGGAGCCAUUUUCGCAAGAUACCUCAAGACAUUCAAAUCAGCUGAUCCGGCAUGGUUCUACCUCCACGUUGCUUGCCAGCUGAUCGGGUACGGCGUCGGAGUGUCUGGCUGGGCAACUGGUAUUCAUCUUGGAAACCUGUCCAAGGGAAUCACCUACUCACUCCACAGGAACAUCGGGAUCACAGUAUUUGCUCUUGGUACUCUGCAGAUAUUUGCGCUCUUCUUGAGGCCAAAGAAGGAUCACAAGUACCGGCUGUACUGGAACAUCUACCACCACUCGGUCGGCUACACCAUCAUCAUACUGGGCAUCAUCAACAUCUUCAAGGGCAUGUCCAUCCUGGACGUGGAGCAGAAGUGGAAGACGGGGUACAUCAUCGCGAUCGCCAUCCUAGGCGCCAUCGCCGUGAUCCUGGAGGUCGUCACAUGGGGCAUCGUUCUGAAGCGGCGGAAGGAGGACAGCAAGACCUACAAUGGCACCUCGAACGGCGGCCGCUUGCCGCUAUCUAUGUAACUUCAUCACCAUAGUCAGGCCCUCUGACCUAAAACUAUCUUCGGUGUUGUGUUGGUGUGCAGAUUUAGGAAGGGUUAGGCCUUACAAUCGUUUUAGUAAUCUCGUUUUUUGUAUGAUAGAUGUGUAUGUAUACUGCCGAUUAUUAUACUGGAGAUGAGUGAGUGAUACCGGUGGCAUUGGUCCUUGCCUGUUUCCUUUU